ACGGAAUCUUUCUUCUUCAUUUUCAAUGGCAUAAUAAACAGAAUCCUUUUCCUUCUCUAAUCCCUCUCUGCACCAUGACUACUUCCACGCUCAUCACCUAAUCGAAUCCCAACCGUCUGAUUAUAAUCAACACCCAGAUGUCAUCCUCAUCAGCCUUCUCCAUCAUCUGUAUCCUGCACUCGUUGAUUGCCCUAACGAGUGGGAGUUUAAUGAUGUUUCACAUGAAAGAAAUCUACACCUUCACCCACGGCUCUGACGCAGCUUUGAAACUAAUGGGAUCCACUCCUCAUGACCAGCUAUUAAUCAGGACGUCCGAUUCCUUUUCCGGGUUAUUGCUAUUUGCAAUUGGGUUUCUAAUAUUCAUGGUUUCUUUUGUUAAAGAUCGUGACCUUCAGGCUUUUUUUGCAAAAGGGUGUACUGUUCUUCAUGUUUUUAUGGCUAUCUGGAGAGUUACUUUUGAGAGGAGAGUUGACGUGUUGGCUUGGGACUGGUUGAGACAGAUUGUUGGUGAUUUCUUAUUGGCUCUUUCGUGGGUUUUCUUUCUUGUUUAUUCUUGGAGGGAGAAGUACGAUUAGUCCUUUUUAAUUUCUUUUCUCAGGUUACGUAAGCCUUUCUUUUUCCUCUUUGUUUUGGUUGUAUUCUGAGGAGAUAUAUAAUGGUCUGAAUGAGUUAUAAUUUCUUAAA